GGAUAUAUAAUGAUCAAAAAACAAGUUAUUUAAGGAAAACCUGGAAUACUGAAUGAUGAAAUUAAUUUAUUGCAAAGAUAUAGAAUAUAAAAACGUAGUCGGGUCACUUUAGACUCAUGUUGUGCAUCAAAGGGCUAAGCUAGCUUCAACGGAAGAGUCCUUACGCCGGGUUGUUUAUUUAACGGUUAUUUAACGAUUGUUUAACGGAAGAAUCUGUGCCAUCUAACAGGCAUCAGCACAGCAUCAGAAACACUGGACAAGCUCAAUUUCUUAGAUUUGAAUGGACAAGGCAGUCAGAAGUACACAGCCCAGAUAGUUAAGCCCAUUGGAGGUUCAGUAAUGCCUGUGAAGAAGAAGAGAAAGCUCCCUGAUGCAGAUGAUCAUGAGCGGAAGUGUAAAAUCACAAGUUUCACCCGACCUCAGAUCCGUGGUGCUCGGCCAAUCAGCGCUGAGAAGAUGUUCUCCAAUAAAAAGUGCCUGGCCUGGUUCCACGAGUACGCCGGGCCUGACAAGGUGGUUGGUCCGGAUGCCAUGGAAAAGUUCUGUGAAGACAUUGGUGUGGAACCAGAGAAUAUUAUCAUGUUAGUUUUAGCCUGGCAUCUAGAAGCAGCAAGUAUGGGGUUCUUCACAAAAGAGGAGUGGCUCAGGGGAAUGACAUUACUACAGUGUGACUGCACAGAAAGGUUACAGAGCAAACUGGACUACCUGCGCAGUGAGCUCAGCGACUCUGCGGUCUUCAAAAACAUCUACAGAUAUGCCUUUGACUUUGCCAGAGAUAAGGACCAGAGGAGUUUGGACAUGGACACCGCUAAAUCCAUGCUGGCCUUGCUGCUGGAGAGAACAUGGCCACUCUUCCCAGUCUUCAACCAGUUCUUGGAGCAGUCCAAGUACAAAGGGAUGAAUAAGGACCAGUGGUAUAACGUUCUGGAGUUCAGCCGGACCAUCAACACAGACCUCAGUAACUACGAUGAAGACGGAGCAUGGCCAGUGCUGCUAGAUGAGUUUGUGGAAUGGAAGAAGGCUUGGUCAGCAUCGUAGCAGACGACGUCACAUCACCAAAAAGGAGAAAGAGGGAGACUCGACACAAACCACAAACACAGGAAUCUACAGAAGCGUAAUGCAUUCACUUGAAAAAAAUACAUUUCCAGUGUUUCUGAACGAACAAGAUAUUUUGUUAAUUUUGGAAAAACGAGCAAAUUUUUUUUCAAGUGAAUUCAUUAGGCUUCUCCAUGAAUCUCUAUCAUUUAAGAAAAAGGAACACAGACUGUAACAAUUCACACAAAUCUGGACUACAGAAUCAUCCCUCUGGGCUCACUUGCAUCGUCAGCCAACUGCAGUCAAGAGGCCUUUCUCUUGCUGAGUAGACUUUUUAGUGUUAAUUUGGAGAAAAGCAAAUGUUCUUAAAAUAAGAAAACCGAACAAAAAGACGAACUGAGAGAGUUGUGGAAUUUAUGGUUUCUUGAUAAUUAUUUUUUUUCCCAUUUUGCGUUUUGUUUAUAGAUGUUUUCACAGAAAUAAAAGGAAAUGGAAGUAUGA